CCCGCCGGGGCAGGCCGGAAGGGGCGGAGCCUGCAGGUGCCUCCCGGAAGCGGGAGCCGGACAGCUUCCGGUCCGCGGUCACGGGCGGUGAUGGCGGGGCUGCCCCGCACGCUCGGCAUCUUCGGUGGCUUCGUGGUCGUGGUGGGGGCGGCUUUUUACCCCAUCUAUUUCCGGCCGCUCCUGCUGCCGGAGGAGUACAUACUCUUUGUUCGAGUUAUCGGCCCGCACGUGGUUAAGAGCACCGGCGAGUUGUCCUCUGCAGCGAAUAGGAUUCAGCUGCAGUUAAAAGAAGUUACGAUCCGAGGGCUGGAGCACCUCUCCUGUGAGCAAAUGCUGAGAGAGUUGGGGUUGGUCAGGCUGGAGAAGAGAAGUCUCUGCGGAGACCUUAAGAGAAAGAACAGUCAGUAAACCGAGCUGGUAUUGUUCAAGAGGAUAUUCAGCCUGCAGGGUUAAAAGUAUGGUCUGAUCCAUUUGGAAGAAAGUAAAGUUGCCGGCUGGGUGUAUUGCAAGGCAAAACUGAAGAUGGACAUCUUCAGCCAUUUCUUCUUUCACUGAAGCGUGUCUUUGGGUGUCGCUGGAGAAGAAUUCUGAAUAUGCUGUGUGGGCACAUGAGGAACAACAGAUGCUACUGGUUGGAAUCUCAAGAGAUAAAAACAUGCUAGUUUUGACAGAGGAUGCUGGGGCAUAGCGCACAGACCGUUAGAGCGCUGAAUGAUUCUUGAGUUUAGCAGUGAGAUAUUUAUUUGCUUGAGAAAAGGGAAGAGGUAUUUUUGUGGUUAAUCUGUAAACACUUGUAGAAUAAAUUAUGGCUAGAAUAAAUCAUGCAGACCACUGCAGUUUCCUCCCUAUUUUGAGAAUUAAUUUUUGUGGUUUUAUUAUGAAAACAUGAUAGAAGUAUAUACGGAGAGAUCUGUGCAGAAAACAUAACGUAGUGUAAAUUUGUACAUUAAAAUUUCUUCCUUUUAAACCAA